AUGUCAGAUUCAGAGGACGAUUUCGAGCAAGAGCUUCUCCAGGCCGUGGGUCGCGCCGGCAGAAGCGGCGGCAGAAGCGGCGGGGGAGACGGCGGAAGGAAAGGCGGAGGCGGCGGAGGGAACAGGCGGAGCAGCAAAGGCGGUCGCAGCCGUCGAUCUGGAUUCCGUAGCUCGAGCAGCAGCGAAGAUCAGCCGUCGGAUAACGAGGAUGACGAUGACGAGUACGAGGAUAUCGAGGAGCGGGAGCGCGCGAGAGGCGCGCGGGGAUCCGCCGGCGCGGAAGGGAAAACGGAUACCCGCAGCCGCGGAAACGUCAGCCCUCCGCGGGGAAGCGGCUUCCGCAGCGGUGGCGGCGGCGGGGGCGGCGGGAGCCGCGGAGGGGGAAGGGGAAGCGGGUCGGAUGAGGAUAGAAGGGCACGCGGGAGCGGCGGGGGGGAUGGGGAUUCGGAAAGCAGCGGUUUGUCGUUUGGUAGCGAUUUGUAUAAGGACGACGACGAUCGCGAGCGGUUACAGGCGAUGAACGAAAUCGAUCGCGAGCAGAUUCUGUUCGAACGCGACGAGAGGCGACGAAACCACCUGGACAAACGGGAGCUUCGCAAGAAGCUUCGCCAGCAGCAGAAGCUGCACCCGCAACAGCAGCAGUCGUUUCAGCGCACCCAGGAGCGAACGCCGCGCGCAUCCGCGCGAGAACCGGCGGCUUCUCCCGCAGCCCCGCCGCCGGCGGCAGCGGCGGCAGCGACGCCAGAACCGGCGGCGCGCGGAGCGCCAGCAUCGGGAUCCGCUCCGGGGUCGGCGGGGGGACCGUCGUACACGCCGCCGGGAUCGGCGGUGGCGCGCGCGCGCGGGUUCGGCGGCGUGGAGCGGAGCCGCAAGGAGGACGCGCUGCAGCAGCUGGAGGCGAAGAAGGCGGCGAAGCAGCAGCGGCGGAACGACCUCGACGCGGAUCGCGGCGCGGAUAGGGAUGCUUCCGACGACGGCGGAAGCGACGAUGCGCUCGCGUCCCGCCGCAAGCCGCCCGCGCCCGCGGACAGGAAGCCCCCCGCUUCCUGGACUGCAAGUGGGGCGAGCACAGGGCGCGCUGGCAGAUGGCUGCAAGGGCCGUAUGACUCACCCUCUUCGUUCCCCCGUGCCCUCCUUCCCCCCUCCUGCCCUGCCUCCGCCCUCCCACCCUCCUUAUGCUCCACUCCCCCACCCUCCCGGCCCCCAUCCCCUCAGUACAAGUUUGAGGGGCGCAUGACGUGCAAGUUCCUGGACUGCAAGUGGGGCGAGCACAGGGCGCGCUGGCAGAUGGCUCGUGUCUCCGACAAGCCCGCCACCACUCAGGAGAUCCUGCAGCUGUUCCGGGAGAUUGAACGCGCCCACCUGCACAGAGUGACCAAGGCAGCGGUUCAAGAGAAGAAGGCGGAGUUGGAGUCGGUGAGGGGGUAUGUGUACUCGGCUGAGGUGGUGGCCAGCAUGCUAAGGGAGAAGCGUGCAGCAGCGGCGCGGCCGAAGCUGGUGGUGAUGGAGAGGGAGAGGGUGCGGCUUGAUAUAGCCGCUGCUGAGCAGCGGGGUGACUUGGCAGCCGUGGAACAACUCAAGGCGGAGCUGGAGAAGCUGGAGAGGAUAGGGGAGGACAAGGGCGAGGCGAACAAGGGCAGGCGAGAGGUGGAUCUGGCGAGGAUGAACAAGCGCAACCGGCAGGAGAACUUUCGCACCGCCACCAACGCCCCCGCUGGCGCCACAGAGAACAAGACUGGAGAGGCGGCUGUGGAUCCCUUCAUUCGGCGGUGGACGCGCUCCCAGAACUACUACAAGAGCCCUGCCUCCAAGUCUGCUGCUGCUGCACCCUGGUCUGACAACGAGGAGGAGGGCGCAGGCAAGGACGGCGGAGGGAAGAGCAAGGAUGGGAAGGGUAAAGACGGCAAGGGCGAGAAGGGGAAGGAGGGGAAGGGUGCGGAUGGUGGGAAGGGUGGAGGAGCGGAGGAGGAGGAGAGGGAGAAGGAGAGGGAGAAGGAGAGGGAGAGGCAGCUGGGGAGCUGGUUGGGGCAGCAGUUGGAUGAGCGGGCGAAGCAGGUGCUGCGGAAGCACGCCUUUGACAUGGACAUAGACCUGACCGUUGUAGACAAGUGGGGAGGAGCAGGGGCAGCGGCUGCGGCGCAGAGAGGCAGUGUGGGGCCGGCGGUGUGGGAAGCAGCGUUUCUGGCGCGGAAGCGGCAGCAGGAGGCGCUGUAUGGGGCUCCGAUUGGUGUGGCGGCUGGGGAGACCCCGAGGGGGCUCAGGCUGUUGACUCUUAGUGAGUAUAAGCGGCGCCGGGGGCUGCCCUGUGACUGA